GAAUUUGACAAACUUGGUUCGGGUGUUACGAGCGAGAAAAUUGGAAGAAGAAAAGUGAACAUAAAUACGAUCUACAACAGGCUCUGUGCAAAAUGACUCGCUUCCUGGUAAUCAUGUCGAUGGUGUUUGGAGCACUUUUUGGUAACGCCACAUUGCAGCCACUCGAAGGCAGUUCUUCCCCUCAGCAAAAAUUCGCCGCCGUUUCUUCAGGAGCAACUCCAGGUUCUCAGCAAGUUUCGCAAUACGGAAAUACACCGGCAGGAAGUUCACCUCAGAGUAGCGUUGCUCCACCUCAAUUUUAUUAUCCAACGUAUCCCGAGUACAAAGAUCCUGGGUACUCGGUGCAGUCGGGAUACGAAGGAUAUUUGGUACCCUCUGCCACUCCAGUGCCACAAUCAACUUGGAAUUCUGGAUUAUGGUCAAUGAUUUCCCCGGUCUCCAGCUUUGCUCUUGGAUAUGGAGCCCGCGCAGGAAUAUAUUUGCUCAAUUUAUUGCUGCUCUUGUUUCUCGGCGGAAUCUUUACCACAUCGGUCUGCACUUUCACCCCUUUGUGCACGAUAACCAUUCUCGGUUUGGGAAAGUCACAGGUUAAGGAAUCAGUCACAGAAUUGGCCCGGACCUAUAUGACUCCAGAAAGGAUUUCCGCUGCUACCAGCCUCGUUAAAAGAGCAAUCGACAAAUACGCCGCCAUGCAGAAGCAGCCGAUCAAGGAUGAGGCAGAAAAAGCCGACGAUGAAUCUAGUUAAUCGAUUUUAACAGAAAUUUUGCAAACCUACAUUUGUGAUAAUUAUUGAUAACAAUGAUCACCCACGCUAUUUAUACCAUUAAUAAAACAUAGUUAUUAUAUCGAAAUGGGCGAUGUUUCUCAACUGAUACGGUAAGCAGACGCGAUUAGAUCGAAUUGAAUUGUUCUGUACAGAAACAGAAAUACGAAACGCGCACUAGAAAGUUGCCGUCGUUACAGUAUUACGAGGGCUAAGAUCAAGGCCAAGGUUUUAACUUAGAGUUAAAGGUCGCACAAGGUUACGUGGUUCGUAACCCGGGUAUUUUCGGACGUUGCCAUUGAUACUUUAACGAGCUAGUAUUUAGAUUUUCAACGUCCUUCCGCGUACCCUAUGAGUUCUUUCAGCAAUCUGCACCCCCUGAAUUCCUCGGCAUAAGUUGAGGAAAUCCAACCAGCGGUCAGCUGAUUAAUAUAUAUCACAGCUACGAUAUGUGUAUAACAUUGUGAUAAGUUGGUGAACCUAUGUAUCAUCCUUUCACACGGCCAAGGAAGCGUACGAGCGUCAUCGUCGUGAUAUAUUUUUGUGUAUUAUGCAUGCGUACAUAUAUACUAUAGUUUAU